CACAGAAAAUCCUUAUACUAAAGAACUUAGUCUAGGAAUGAACUUUGAUGAUGAGAAAGCAGAGCAACCAAAUGCAAAAAUUAAAGCUAAUAGUAGCUCUCCAAAUAAUGAAGAAAUGGAACAACCAAGAACAGAAACUGAAAUGAAUAAUAGUGCAAAAAGCACUCAAUUCAUGCUUUUAGAAGAAACAAUACAAAAGGAAGCUGCAUUAAAUACACAAAAAAUAUAG